UUGAAAAGCGCAACAACAAAUUGAAAAGCGCAAAAACAAAAGAAGAAUCACAAAAACAAAUUGAGAAGCACAAUUACAUUAAGAAAACCGGAAAGGGUAGGUACCAGUCGGCAACAGGAGACAUCACUGAUUGGAUGUCCGCGCUGUUCGUCUUUGGAACCGGAAGUUACUCUGCCUGUAGCGCAUUUCGUUUGAAAAACGGCGGAAUGUUUUGUCCUAGCUAUGGGAAAAAGCUGGUUGAGGAGUCACCAAACUUUUGCAGCGGCUGUGGCGAGAGGCUUUAUCACGCAUCUUGCAUCGGAGACACUUCACUCCCAUUGACAUCACAGACUACCUCAAACUGCCCAACUCCAACCUUCAGCACCUUCUUAGAAUACAGAAAAAAGAAAAAUGAAGAGAGGCAAAAGUUUUCUGAAGGGAGGAAGGGCUUAAAGAAAAAGGAAAAAAGAAAGGUUCAGAUAAAUGUCGGCUUGAUGACCAUUAAAAAGGGUGGUUUGAAGCCAUACCGUGGAAAAACUAUUUUCCUAACAACAGACCCUGACGCUACUGCCACAAGUCUGCUCAAUCAAGCUGUUAAAAAAAUGAAGGACUUUAACAAAGAUCUAAAAGAUGGACCUUUCCUUCUUCUGUAUCCGGAUGGCACUGAGGUCAUUACUGUCCCUGGAACACAAAGACCAUUUACACUUGAGGCUUAUAAGGCUGAAGUUGGCAAGCCUUAUCAAAGAAUCACUGUUUUCAUCUGCUUGAAGAGUGACUUUGAAGAUGUUGGAGAAAACUCAGACUUGUCUGACUCUGACCCAGAGAUUGUUAUUAAAAGGCCCUCUGAGUUUGAUCUUGCUGAUACACUGCCAUGGGAACUUCAACAUGAAAGCAGUCCUUUACAGAAAGCAGCAGAAUAUGAGAAGGGUGCUGGGGAUCUUGUGCUUGCUAAUGAAGUACAACAGGUAAAAAACUAUUUUAUUAGUAAAACAGUGCAGCAGACAAUCUCCACCGCCUUUACUUUGCAAUUAGAUAACGAUUCACUGUUUGCUGAGCCCCCAGAAGAACCUGUGUUAGUAAUAGACACCAAUUUGCAGGCACAUGGAAUUAUUGCAAAUUUGGCACUGGAACUUGACCACAAGAAGGUCAGCAGGUUCAAUAUAUCAAGGUCAGCUGUAUGGGAUGGAGCUGUUAGAGGAUUUCGACGCAGCACAUACUCUGACAACUACGACAUGUUCAUCAAGUUUAAUGAUGAUGCUGGCAGCUUUGAAGAAGGUUUGGAUACAGGUGGCCCGAGGCGUGAAUUCCUCACACUUCUUAUGGGCAGUCUGCGAAAUCGCCCCAUCUUUGAUGGACCUCCAGAGAGCCGUUAUCUUGUAUAUAAUUCAAGAGCUGCCAGGCAAGAUGAGUACUUUUUAGCAGGAAAGAUGAUCGCUGUAUCCAUUGUGCAUGGGGGACCAGCACCACAUUUCCUCUCCAAGAACCUGGUCAACCACAUCACAGGGAAUCAGAGUUUCAGCGCCACUGUAGAAGAUGUGCAAGAUGAGGAGAUCACAAAAAUUUUACAUCAGGUCCUGAAAGCUGAAUCAGAGGAGUCUUUGCAUAAUCUUAUUUUGCAAAACAGCACAAUCUUCCAAACUGCUGGAUGCCUCAGAAACGUCAAGCCUUUUGAGAAACAAGCAUUUGUGGAGGAGUACCUCAGAUGGUACAUCCUUGAAAGAAACCAAAGUGUCAUUCAACGAUUUAAAGAUGGACUGGAAAGUCUGAAUUUUUUAAGUGCACUGCAACAAAAUUCCAGUGUGCUGGCCCCACUCCUAUGCUUCUCUGCCAAGGCCCUGACUGCUUCAGAACUGGAGAGCAUGUUCAGACCAGAUCUCAGCCCAGCAGGAAGCAACAAGCGGCAUAAGGAGGUCCUAACACUUGGCUUUUGGGCAGAUUAUCUCCUUGAUUGUGAAGAGAAGGCAACAGCAGUGUGUCUGGAAGAUUUGAUGAUGUUUGCCACAGGGCUGACGGCAGUUCCACCGGCAGGAAUGACACCACCACCACCACGCAUCCAGUUUUUAAGUGUUUCGCCUUUUCCAGUUUCAAACACCUGUGCAAAUACUCUGAAGCUACCCAUCUGUGACUCAUACAGCAUCUUUAAGGCCAACAUGGACUUUGGAAUUCAAAAUGCUCCAGGAUUUGGAUGUUCUUAAAUCAGCAAGGUCAUCAAGUUACAGUUACUGAGUUACCCUGUUAGGUUCAGCUGCCGUUGGCAUACUACUUAACACAUUCAUGUGACAAGCAACUUCCAUAUUGUUAAACAUUUAGUUGUUUUUUCUGAAUAUUGUGUAUGUUGGAAAAGUGACAGAAAUGCUGGACACUAUUUGUAAAUGGUUUUAUUAAAGAACAUUUUAAAUGUUUCCUUGUGGUUAAAUGUUAAUAUUUAAAUCCAUGCCAGUUGCUGUAUAUUAUGAACAAUAUUAUAUUCAAUUUAGCAAGAGGGAAAGGAAACACUACUAACAUUAAAAAAUGAAGGAAAAACAGAAGGGCUGGAGCACUCAAGUAAGUCCAAAGGUUUUAUUAGGUGCAAAAAAAGGAAAGAAACUAACGUUUCGACACCGUGUGUGUCUUCAUCAGAGUAACUCUGACAAAUGUCAUUACAAACUGAAGUUCAGUUGGUAUCUAAAACCCAGCUAUGUCCUUCAGGGCCAAAUACAGUUCUGUGGCCGAUUCCCAGUCUUGUGGCUGCUGCAGUGUGUUUUGUUGUA